AACCGGGAUAAGCUCCGGCCUGAUGGGUCACUUUGCUCGUAUGCAGACUUUACCUUUUACCUUAUGUAACACAGGUUGUGAAGAAGAACAGGAGAAACUGAUGCAGGACUGGUUCGUACUGGUGAACAAGAAAAACGAGCUGGUCAGAAGACAGGGUGAACUGAAUUUACUUAAAAACGAACAAGACUUGGAACGAAGUCACAAUAUGCUUCAGCGAGAGUUACGAGCCCUUUUAGAGACGGAAGACUAUCAGAAAACAGACGAGCAAAGAGAGAGGGAAGUGGAAUUGAUAGAGCAGCUUGUGUCUGUCGUGAACAAAAGAGACCAGCUGGUACAAUUCGAGGAUUCGCAACUUCAACAGGCCGAGAAGGAUGCCCUGCAUGUGCAGAAAGUGAUCGACAGCGCAAGGAUGCCAAAAGACAGGAAUGAAUGUGUCCUUCAGUAAAAUGGAAGUUUUUCAUGUGUUUCCUCAUUAUCAUUCUCCAAGUCAUCAAGAGGAGAUCUCAUCUUUGGGUAGGGAAGGGGCUCGUUAGGGAGAACAGCAUUACUACACCCGUAAAAGUCUAACCUAAACAAACAGACGUGUCUCCCCGCGCCUUCAUUUCGUCCUCCGCUGAAGAGAUUUCCUAGUUUCUGUUGUGAACAAUAGAGACCAGCUGGUGCAGUUUUAUUUGAGGCCGGAGUCGCAACUUCAACAUUAAGCUCUUGGGAUCCACGUGAUAGGUUGCAUUGGUUCUGAUUUUCGCGCGAAUAUUCAACUCCGAGUGCAAGAGACUACACGGAAGUCGAAUCCGAGGACCAAUGGUUUUACCAGCUGGAGACGAAAGCAGCGUGCGAACAGAGACAAAGGAUUAUCCAGGCUACUUAAAACCAGAUGGUCCGAUGGUAGUCGCAUCUGCCGUUGAUUUGAAAGCUGUUUAUACGUUGGUAUGCGACUGUUAAAUUAAAUGAAUUUUGUUUUGCAGAAAACAAAUUGAAAAGCAUUUGCCCUAUUCUCUUGGAUGAAUUCACCUGUUAAACAGCGAGUUAAAGCGUUACUUUCAACGAUAAAUCAAAGCUAGAGUUAUUUUAUUUUUAUAGCAACAAUGCAUGAAGAACAGUUUGAUCUCCUUUUAAUUUUGGCUCGUCUGUUUCCGAAACACAAGCGAGAAUGACCACUAUUACUAUUUUUAUUUUAAUGAGAUAAACAAGAUACUAAACGUACUUUGAUUGGCUGAACAAAGUAUCGUGAGGUUUAUUUAGUGAAAGACAGAGAGUCUUCCUUCCCUUGGUUAAAGGCGUAGAAUUUGAAGCCAGAAGAACAAUAUCCAUAUUUAAAAUAGAGAGAGAUCACCCAAGAGAAUUUUCCGGCAUACAUAACGUUUACAAGAUGACUUUAUUGACCGCCGUUGAUAUAGUUUCGAUCAGUCCAGUUUAUGACCUUGUCACUUUAGUGAUAGCAACAAAUGUUAAGUUACACAGAACUAGCAGGCAGUUAUUCCUCAUGAGUCGUUUAACAAGAAGAAAGAAAAUAUAAUUGUUUUUCUUACUCCCUUUCCUAGCCUUUUUGGUAGCCGUUUCUUAAGCCGUCACGUUGCGUGACGGGAAACGUUGACUACUAAAGCAACAGCUACGAAGAAGACAAGGCUACUGAUAAAAUACGUUGAGUUCUGUUGGAUGUGUUGUAGUAUUCUGCUAUCGACCGGUUGAGUUUUGGACUAUUUAGACGGCACUCAUUUCCGCUACAUUAAAUUAAAAAAAAAAUACAGCAAUGAUGUCGAAUCAGAUUCGAUCGGGAAUAAGGAGUUUUGGAUCAAAAUUAUAUAUUUAGGCAUUUAAUAGGAAAAUUGACCUUUGCUUGUAAGAAGUGCAGUAUUCGUUCAAUUUAAAAUAAGAAAGUUCAAUUAAAGAAAGUGAAUUUUUGGUGAUU